CCGAGCGCCGCGAAUCCCCGCACCGGGACCUAUGCUCCUACAAAACGGCUCGAAGCCACUGAAGCUGUCAGCUGCAGCGCUAGGCAUCAUCGGAGCCGCACACCCACCACCUCCGCACCCUGCCCAGAACACAGCCAAACCCGACCAUCUUUGGCUGAGCUCUGGGGCCCUCCGUAUGGGCUCACAAUGCGCAGGAUUCGGGCCAACGCCAUCGCAAUUCUGACCGUCGCCUGGAUCCUGGGCACCUUGUAUUACCUGUGGCAGGACAACAAGCCGCACGCCUCCCCGUCCUCGGUGUCGCAGACCCGGACCGCCGCCGGCAAGAGCCAUGGUCCGCGAGCUGCUGCCGGGCGUGUGGAGAUUCACCGGGACGACAGGACUAUCCCUCUCAUUGUGACACGGCCUCCCCGGGCGGAGCACGGCGGGGUGCAGAUGGGGCGUUUCGAUGAGAAGGCCUACCUGUCGGGCAAGCAGCUGAAGGCGGGAGAUGAUCCGUACAGAGAGCACGCCUUCAACCUGCAGGAGAGCGACCGGCUAGGGAGCGAGAGAGCUAUCAGAGAUACACGCCACUACAGGUGUGCAUCAGUGACCUUUGGCCCUGACCUGCCCCCUACAAGUGUCAUCAUCACAUUCCACAACGAGGCUCGGUCCACUCUUCUGCGCACCAUCAAAAGUGUCCUCCUGCGGAGUCCCCCCUCCCUGAUCCAGGAGAUAAUCCUCGUAGACGACUUCAGUACAGACCCGGAGGACUGCCAGCUGCUCACUCAGAUCCCCAAGGUGCUCUGUCUGAGGAACGAGCGCAGAGAGGGUCUCAUCCGGUCCCGGGUUCGAGGGGCCGGCGUUGCCUCUGCCUCCAUCCUCACCUUCCUGGACAGCCACUGUGAGGUGAACACGGACUGGCUGCAGCCCAUGCUCCAAAGAGUCAAAGAGGACCACACGCGGGUUGUCAGCCCCAUCAUCGAUGUCAUCAGCCUGGACAACUUUGCCUACCUGGCGGCCUCCGCGGACCUGAGGGGGGGGUUUGACUGGAACCUGCAUUUUAAGUGGGAGCAGAUUCCCAUCGAGCAGAAGAUGGCCCGGACAGAUCCCACACAGCCCAUCAGGACGCCGGUCAUCGCGGGCGGGAUCUUCGUGAUGGACAAGAGCUGGUUCAACCACCUGGGGCAGUACGACACGCACAUGGACAUCUGGGGCGGGGAGAACUUCGAGCUGUCGUUCAGGGUGUGGAUGUGCGGGGGCAGCCUGGAGAUCCUGCCCUGCAGUCGGGUGGGCCACGUCUUCAGGAAGCGCCACCCGUACGAUUUCCCAGAAGGCAACGCUCUGACGUACAUCAAGAACACACGCAGGGCGGCGGAGGUCUGGAUGGACGACUAUAAACAGUACUACUACCUCGCACGGCCCUCGGCGCAGGGCAAGUCUUUUGGCAGCAUCUCGGACCGCCUGGCUCUCCGUCGAAAGCUGAACUGCAACUCCUUCCGCUGGUACCUGGAGAACGUGUACCCUGAGCUGAAGAUCCCUCAGCAGGAGCCGGUGUCCAGCAUGCUGAAGCAGGGCGGUUUGUGUCUGGAGUCCCAUGGCACAGAGAGCCUGGGGCUGGGAGAAUGCAAGGGCAGCGGCGCCCUGUGGCCCCAGUCACAGAAGUGGACUCUCGCUGAGCCUCUGAUUCGCCAGCAGGACCUCUGUCUAGCUAUCGCUGCCUUUUCAUCAGGGUCAAAGGUCAGAAUGGAGCCCUGCAACCCAAAAGAUGGCAAACAGAAGUGGAGGCCGAAAGGGCCAGCCCUGCAGCAUGCGGUCAGCGGCCUGUGUCUGGACAGCCAGCCCCCUACUGGCCCCCCCGUCAUCGCCCAGUGCCGACCUCAGCUCGCCAGCCAAUCGUGGGAGCCGCAGCUGCUCACCUGA